CCUACCUGUCAACAUGCCUCUCAGGGGCUCCAGGAGUGCCCACUGCCCUGUCUUAUGCCAGCUGCUGGUGUGUGACACAGUGGGACUUGAGGCCAGCUUCUCUCCUCUCCGCGCCUGUUUUCCCCCCAUAGGCUGUUCCCGUCACUCUACCUGUUUCUACUGGUCAUCAGAGGCGUCGAGUGAGAGCAGGGGGGUGGCCUGCAAGCUGGGCACAGAGGGAGCCCCUGCUGCCGGUACCAGCUGCAGAGAUGCGCUGCAUCUGCACAGCGGUUUGGUGGCCUCUGGAGAAGCUUGAUUCCUCCUUGGGGACCAGGUGGGAGGUGGCCUGGGAGGAUGAAAGGACAGAGCAUGUGGUCCAUAGACAGACUCUGUGUUAGUGUCCUACGAUAGCUGUCCCCGCGUGGCACAGGCUCAGGACCGAGCACAACAGGAAUUCCCUCUGAUUUGGUUCUGGAGGCCAGAAGUUCAGAAUCGUGUCGGCAGGAUCUCCUAUAGGCUCUGGGGGAGGAUCUGUCCCAGGCCUCUCUCUAGCAUGGGUGGGGCCGACAGUCCUGGGUGUCACUGGCUUGUGGAGGCAUCACCCCCGUCUCCUCCAUGUUCACGUCCUCGCCUCUCCUCCUAGGGACACUGGUCACUGGAUUUAGAUAGGCCCCUCCCUCACUCCAGGACGAGUGUAUCAAGAUCUUUAAUUAUACAGGUCGUCCCCCGCAGGGCCACACGCAGGACUCCUGCCGAGAGGAUGAGCAAGUUCCUGAGGCAUUUCACCGUGGUCGGGGACGACUACCACACCUGGAACAUCAACUACAAGAAAUGGGAGAACGAGGAGGAGGAGGAGGAGGAGGAGGAGCCGCCAGCCGUGCCAGCCUCAGGCGAGGAGGGUGGCGCGGGGGAUGCCGAGGCUGCGCCCAGGUCGGCACCCAAGCCUACCCGCGACUUCAGGAGCAUAUUGAGGAAGCUCUUCAGCUCCCACAGAUUUCAGGUCGUCAUCAUCUGCCUGGUCAUUCUGGACGCUCUCCUGGUGCUCGCUGAGCUCAUUCUGGACCUGAAGAUCAUCCAGCUUGUCAAGAACAACUAUGCGCCCCAGGUGUUCCACUACAUGAGCAUCGCCAUCUUGAUCUUCUUUAUGAUGGAGAUUUUCUUUAAAAUCUUCGUCUUCCGCCUGGAAUUCUUUCACCACAAGUUUGAGAUCCUGGAUGCUGUCGUGGUGGUGGUCUCCUUCAUCCUCGACAUAGUCCUCCUGUUCUGGGAGCAUGAGUUUGAGGCUCUAGGCCUGCUGAUCCUGCUCAGGCUAUGGCGGGUGGCCCGGAUCAUCAAUGGGAUAAUCAUCUCGGUCAAGACACGUUCAGAACGGCAGCUCUUAAGGUUAAAACAGAUGAAUAUUCAGCUGGUCGCCAAAAUCCAACACCUUGAAUUUAGCUGCUCUGAGAAGGAACAAGAAAUUGAAAGACUCAACAAGCUCCUGAGGCAGCACGGGCUUCUCAGCGAGGUGAAUUAGAUUCCCCCAGCCCGGCCCCAGAGAGGACCCUGCCUCCCUGGGCUGGCCCGUGCCCAAGAGUGACCACCUUGCCUGGUCACGUGGUGAGGGGCUUGGGUCAGUGCCUCGCCCAUGGGUCCCACCGGGGCUGUGUUGGAAGCAACCACCGGAGGCCGUUCUUCCUCGGUAUGACCCAAGAGCUGCCACCCUGCCACGCACAGCAGCCAGAUCAGACUGUUUCCUCAUGUUGGACACUGCACUCUUGGCUUAAAUAUGACACGUUGGAUGAUGACUAGUUGUAUAUAAAAUUUAAUCUCAUCUAAUGUACAGUUUUCAAAUUUCACAUGAUUAUGCUGGGACCGGCAUGUCCUUUCACUCUGAAAGAAAAAGAAAAGCAGCCGCCUUAGCCUCCAGCCCAUCCUAGAAAGGUCCUUUUUAUUCCCACGCUGUUCUAGAGUCUUCUGCUGUCACCACGGGGAUGUCAUUCCAGGUACCCAGGACCCUCCUCUGCGGUAUCCAGCGUUCUGCCACCUGACAGCACGGUUCUCAAUGACCUACAAUUAACGUAUAGAAUAACCUCUCCCCUGAGCCGCCUCCCUGCCCUGCCCGCCCCGGGGCCUCCCACGCAGCCCACCAGCUGGAGAGCCAGCUCCGGCAGGG